AUGUCAGCAAGAUCUGAUGAGCCCGUAGAGAACGGGGACGAUGUGGAGGAGAAUUCCGAGGAGUUCGAGGAGCAAGCCGAGGAGGACGAGUACGAGGAGGUAGAGGAAGAAGCGGUGACGAGGGAGGAAUCCAAGAAUGCGACAUCUUCCGACGCUCCGAGCGCGCCAGCGGCCGCAGCGGCUGCGGUCGCGGGGGGAAUGCCAUCCCUGCCGGCGCGGCCUAAGGGCGGUCUGGGCGGCCUUCCACCACGGGGUUUACCUGCGCUGUCAUCUAAGUCCGCCUCUCCUCAGUCCUCGUCGCCGCCAGCGCCGUCAGCAGGCCCGUCAGCGGCACAGCCCGCUGCUGCCGCCUCCGGCUCCGCUCCCCCCAUCGCAUCUAUGCCGAAACUCCCCCCGCGGCCAGGCGCACCCUCAGGCCUAGGUCUAGGCUUGGGCCUGGGAGCCCGUCCCGCGGCUGGAGCUCCGAGACCACCCUCUGAGGGUGUACCAGCCGCGGCGGCGACUCCAGCCGCCGCUGAAACCGCCCCAGCAGCGGCGGCGGCAGCAGCUCCGCCAGGUGUGCAGCAGCCAGCGGCAGCGGCGGCGGCGGGUCCUGCCGGACUUGGUUUGGGUCUAGGAGGUGCCGCUGCCCAGCGGCCCACUCUGCCGCCGCGGCCGGCCACCGCAGGUACGAGCAGAAUAGGGUUUGUUCCCAGUCUUUGGCAGGCCCGAUGCCUCGGAGGCGCCCCGCCAGCGCCAGCUGCCGCCGCCGCCGCCACGGCCGGCGCUGCUGCGGCUGCCACUCCUUCCAUGGACGUGGUGGACCGUACGGAGGACCGCCGCGUGCAGCGUGUGCAGCGUACGGCACAUGAGAUCCGUGUACGGCUGAUUCGUGCCGCCACUCGUCUGGGCCUGUCCCCCCGCUCUGACCAAGUGGCGCAGUUCCUGCAGGCUAUCGAGCGGUCCGAGCGCAUGGUAGGCGCGCAGCACUACAAGGGCACCCGCCGCGUGGACUUGAUUGCGGCGGCGGAGAGGGAGGCUCGGGAGCUGGACUCCAGGGAGCCCCCCCACAGCCCCAUUGCGGGACUGAGACUCAAGAUACUGGUGCUGGGGAUGACUGGUACGGGCAAGAGCGAGCUAAUCAACUCGCUGCUGGACCGCCCCGCCUCCUCCCGCACCAGCCCCUUCCGGGAGGCGACGCGGCGGAGAACAAGGCCAUUCUAA